UUAAGGCCCUGGGAGGGAGCAUGUGGGUGCCGGAAGUCAGACUUCCGGGGUUCGGGGAUGUUUUUGCAGUCAGAACCUCUUUCUUUUUUUCCGUGCAAGCUGGGAGCACGGGGAGGACUGGGAAUUUCUUGCACCCUUAGAAGCCCGCGGGCGUUCACUUCUCCCAGCAACUUCUCAAGAAACCCCAGCCCUGUGUGCCACCUGUCAGGUGGAGAGAAGGGGGCUAGGAUGCAGGGGCACUGCGCCGAGAACAGUGUAGUUCAGGCUAGGCCGGACCUUCCCUCCCCAAGGCUUCUUUACUGUCUAGGGGACAAAGCACAAGGAAAACCAGGAUAAUGAAAAAGGGCUGGUACAUCCCCUUUCCUACAUCUGCAAGUCAGGUGUGCUGUUUAUGGUACAGUUAAUUAGCUGUGGGAACCCGUGUGUGACUUCCCUUACCAUCCUAUGUAAGCAGCUAAGAAGACUUACAUGAUUACGUUCUGGUGGUGCUGAGUACUUUCCAAGAAUAAGAGGAGUAAAGAAGUCGCUUUCCUGGCGGUCACAUUCCAACAAACGGAGCAAGAAUAUUUUGAGAAAAGACAGUUUGUCAAACUCUUGAUGAUGAUCAACCAUGUGAUUUUUUUCAAGAAAAGGAGUAGGCUGAAUGAAUCUCAUCAGAAAAGCAGCAAUAUGCAUGCUGGCCCAUCUUGGAAUAAAGUACAGCAUUCGAAAGCUUCUUCAGGGAAAAGACACAGUAAAUCCCAAGUACCUCACCUGUCUCCACGGCUGAGAAGCGGCCUCCUAGGAGUCCCUCAGCCAGCUCCGGACAAACUCGGAGAAGGCUUUCUUCCUGAAGGCAGACCAGGAGGGCAUGCACCCAUCUCCGAGUGCCAGGGGGCAUGCGGGAACAAAUUGUUUCUUGACUUUCAGUCAAUGAAAAUUAUUAAGGAAGAUGCUGACGAGGACACCGCCAGUGACCUGUCGGAUUCGGAAAGGAUCCCCAUUCCUGCUCCUCCCUUCACACCUCCAGAUCUAAAUCUUCGGGCGGAAGAAAUUGAUCCAGUUCACUUUGAUCUCCACCCACAUCAGGGCCACACAAGGCCUGAACACCGUUACCCCGAUUUCCUGCCACCCCCCUUUAGCUCCUGGGAUCUCCGGGAGAUGGCUGUGCUGCUGAACACAGACUGCAAGACGGAGGCGGUGCCCCGAGCAGGGGGACUCCUGGGGAAGUACGUGGAUAGGCUCCUCCAGCUGGAGUGGCUGCAGCUCCAGACCGUGCAAUGGGAGAAGUCGAAGGGGUCUAGGGCGAGACCCUCGGGUGCCCAGGGGGCUUCAGGGGCCCUGAAAAGUCCUGGGAGAAGUAAACUCACGGCCAGUGCUCUGUCCAAGCCAGUGCCUCACCUGGAGGGGCCUUCAAAGGCAGGCCCUGCACGAAAGAAAGACUUGUCCCGUGAAGACACGCAUCCGUCCUAUUACACCUUCGAGACCUCCCUGCGGCCCACGGAUGUGCCGGGCAGCACCAGGCUCCGUUCCCUCGAGCAAACCCCUGCAGUGAGGACUGGAGAGAAGAAAAAGAAAUCCAGUAAAAGCACCAAACUUCAGCACAGGGAUUUGUCCUGCAGCGACAGCAGCCUCAAGCUGGAGGCCAGCGGUAACCUCCGAGUCCCCAAACAGCCAGCAAUGGCUCUGGACUCGGUGGACCCCUGUAAGGCUUCCAGAGCACAAGCACAUGUGACUGUUAAGAAAAAGGGAACUGCAAACAACUGUGCUCAUACGACUAUAUCUAGUGAGAAGAAACUCAAAACAAACGGAGCAAAGCAAAACACAUAUAAAUUAAAAUAAUAUCUGAUGAUGACUUGCAAAGACCAGCAGAUACCUGAACUGGAGCUGGAACUCUCCAAAAGUUACAAUACUGUGAAUUUUAAGACAUUUUGUAAUGAGUGGCAUUGAAGUAGUUGUUUGGGUCUUUAGUCCCCUCCCACCCCAGCCCGCAGUGAAGGUGUUUUCAGAGUCCAGAGUUCUCACCAUUAGGUGAUGGCAGCUUUGUUCAAGGGAAGGUGUUUUUCACUAAGCCUUUUGUUUUGACCUCUUAAGCAUUUGAGAGCCUGUGAGGUAAAAAUUAACCAAAGUUGCGUGCCAUAUAAAGGAAAGAAACUCCAGGGGAAGAGCCAGGGAGCCUCCGUAGUGCUAGGCGGUCUGUGUAAAGCUGGUUAGUUUAGUUCCCCGUUUGUAGUCCCACAUAGGUGUGUAAAACAGAGCAUGCUAUUUUAAAUUGUGUGAAAUCGUGGCAUUUGAAAUAAGGCCCUUCUGGCCACUGCAUCUUCUGCUUCUUCAGCAGAUCUCUGUUCAUUUUACUCCCAAGGAGAAGUCAGUUCUUCCCAGUAUGGUGAAUUUCCAUUUGGGGCCAUCCUGGCUGAGCUGCUUACUCAGUAGAAACAAUGGCGUAGAGAAUUUAAUCUCUCUCUCUGUCUGUCUCUCGGUCUAAAGAGUACUUCAGAGGUGAUUGUAGAGUCCACUUGUGGGUUCUUUAAACCGAAGUUAAAAUAGUUUGCAGUAUGGAUGUUGUUAUUUGGCAAGGCUAGAAUAAAACCUGUGGCACCCGGAAACUUCCAGGAUGUAGGAUUUCUCUGAAGAACCGUGAGAAAAUCACCUGUUAGAAAUGGUGACUGAAGUGCCCAGAAUGUACUAAAAACAGAACUAGUUGAAUGUAGUACUAGGUUAGUUACUGCCUCAGGACCAGAUCCUGUCAUCCUUGGUCAGAAAUACUGAUCUGUUUUGGUUUGAAAGGGCAGGAUUUUACUAUCUUGUGGGGCCCAGGGCCAGGAGAGGACACAUUUCCGGCUGGAGGGAAGUGGAGCCUGGGUGAAGUCUGGCUGUGCCGCGAGCAUCCUCAGCUUCUCUGUGCUGGCCUGGCUUCCCACAGGCAUCUUGUUCCCUGCAGCUGAGCAGCAUCCGCUGGUUUCCAUAGCUGUGCUGUGAGCUCUCCGUAGACAUUUGUAUCUUUAAAACCUUUGGUUGACUGCUUUGUGAUAGAGCGUUUUCAUGACCACAGUUGAUCUCUUUAAUCCAUUACUGUGGUGUUUUUGUUCAGAUCCAAGUGUCGGUGUUUUUACUGUUGGUAUCAGUGAAAACCUUGGCAUGCUGCAUUUGAAAGCAUACAAUGGCUUGUGAACUGUUAGUGCAUUCGGCAUCAGGACAAGAAGCCUUUGUAACUGAAAUAAUGCAUAGAGAUUCAGUAAUAAGAUACCUUUUUAAAAUCAGAUUUUAAUCAUUAAACAGCAUACGAAAUUUUGUACAGUAGCUUUUUUCUUUUAGGACUUGAUUUUCAGGUCUUUGUAGAUUUCACUUAACAUUCCUUACCUCUCACAGCAGCCUACCAGAGGAAGCAUGCUCUUUACACCUUUUAAUGUGCACAAAAGAUGUGUCUGUAGUAGAUACCCCUUCCACAGUCCUCAGAUACACUCUGACUUUGUCCUCCUCGGUAUACGCGGUAUGUUCGGAAAACUCAGCCCCGCUCCUAACUCGCCUUUCUGCGUGGUUCCUGCCUGGUCCCCGCACAUCCCAUAUCUGGCCUGCUCCUUCUAGCAUGCAUGUCUGUUGCUGUGGCUGGCACUUCUCUUAGGAUUCUCAGCUAGAUUUUUAUGGAGCUCUGAAUGAAGCUUUGUGGCUAGCAAAUAUUUGUAAGCAUGAUAUUACAUGCACCUGUGUCUGUGUGCACUGCUUACCGUGGUACUAAAGAUCAUAUGCCGCUGACUGCAUCUGUGUGGGUUCUCGGAGGUCUGGAGGGGUGAGGGUGACACUGUCUCUUCCUUACCUUACAUGUGUAUGAGCUGAAGACUGUGGUGAUUGAGAGACUUAGAGACAAUGCCUUGCACACUUGUCUCUAGCUCUUUUAACUGAAGCCAGUGGUUUAAUCUGGGCAUAAGGUCACAUAUUCAGAGCACGUUAAACGCCUGAAAAAGUGACUUUCCUUGUUUACUUUUUGCCUUAGGUUGGUCAUUUAUCUUCACCUGUUAAUAAUGGAACAAAUCAGAGGACCUAGUAGAGUUCAUUGUUUUAAAGUUAUUUCAGAACUAAGCACAAUUUUAAUCUGUGAUCCUUGACAGCACAUCCCACUGAGCCAAAUGCUGCAGAUAACAAUCCUGCCUUGAAGCAGGUGGUGUGAGAAAGUCAAUCAUGAACUCAUUUCGUUCAAGUCAGAAAUCGCAGAGUCUUGCUAGUCUGGUGACAAGAGUCAUUGUAUUUCUAAGAAGUGCCUCUCAUUUCUGAGGAGUUGUUUACAUACACCUUGUGUUUAAACAAGUUAAAACCAUCUGAGAUACAGUAAAACCCACAAAGAACGUAUUUCAGGCUUAGAUUUAGUUAAGGGGAAAAGUCUUAGAAAAGUACAAAAAUAGACUAUACAAACCAGUCGUUUAAAUUUAGCCUAUUUUCCAAAUCUUUAAAUAACUAAAUGGGCCAAAGGUUUGAUUUGAAGGUGGUGGCGUAUGACAAACAUGGAGAUGAUAUUAUUACUACAAUAAAGUACAGAAAGGAAUUUGUUGCUGGUUGUGUGGUGCACACCUGUCCUCCCAGCACUCAGGAGGCUGAGGCAGGGGGAUCCUUGUGAGUUCCAGGCCAGCCUGUGUUAAAUAGUGGGCUCAAGGCCAGUCUGAACUACAUAGGGAGACCUUGUCUCAAAAAACAAAAUGAAACAGAAUUUAAAAAGGAAGAUGGUUUGCAGUAGUACUAUUUUCCAGGAAUAUAUAAGAAUCACUAGUAAACAAUGAUAGAAGUAUUGUGUUUCCUUAUGUGUCUAUGUUCAUUUAUUUGAAUUACAUAAAAAUGUGAAACUGUGGUACUGUAUUUUAUGGUAACAGAACCAGUGUUAUUUAUGUACAUGUUCAGGACAACAUUUAAAGUAGCCUGAAAAUAUUCAGCAUGCUUAUUUGCUAUCAUCAAGAGUGUAUGUUUGCUUCUUUAUGAAAAGGGAAUUCAUGUAAUUUUUUGUGAACUUGGAUUUUUCAUUCCUUGACAGUAAUUAAACUGUAGAGAAAUAACUGUA